UUGAUUCUUUCUUUCCUUUUACAGUUGCUAGGUAACAUUAAUUGCAUGUUUAAAAUUUUUAAACCUUUCUUAUUAUUGCUAUAGAUUCAAAAUAAACUUUGAGCAAGUGAAUAGGUUGAUGAAUUAUUUAUUUUUGUUCUAACUUUGGACGUAGCUGUUCUGUGGUUUAUACUAUUUCUUGCUAGGAACGUUUUUUUUUAAGUUUGGAGUUAAGAUUUCAAACUUGAAAGUUUGCAGAUAAGUUUUUGAACUUUCAAAAAGUGGUAAAGGUUUUUUUAAACAAAACUUGAUUAAAAAAUAUGACUAAAAUAAUGAAAUAUAAUUAUGGAAACUACACAGCUCAACAAGCUAACAUAUUGACGUAUAAUGUAACCAACGAUCGUGGCUGGAAUGAUCCUCCAACCUCAGUUUUUAGCCCAAAUGCAACCGGGAACAGAAAGCGUAUAGAUCCAAGAAAAGCAAGAGUUGGACAUAACAUCAAUGCUUCAACAGGUAUUUAUAAACCUUCCAACGUGCUCAAUGGUGCUUUUCAAUCAAGCGGAAUUAAUGGAUUGUCUCAAAAUAUACACAACAUGUCUCUUCAACCCCAAAAAGACAUGCUCCAUCAUGCCAAUAGCAAUCCGGACCUUCAUAACAUGUCAGAUGGUAGCAUACCCUCUCACAUUAUGUCUCCAUUGCAUCAUUCGGCUAGUGUGCCUAACAAAAUUAAUGCAGUGGGACAAUAUAAUGGCUACAUGCCGAACGGAAUUGCUCGUAUUAGCACUCCACCACCUAGUAUUUGUAAUACACCUCCUGUUGGUAAUAGCAGCAGCAACCAAGUAUGUACAACGCCACCGCAAAACAUGACUCCGCCACAGAGCGUGACGCCACCAAACAGAAAGUUUAGCGCACCCAGCGCGAUCAUGGAUUCAAAUUUGAUUACACAGUUAGGCACCCCAACAAUGCUUCAGUCGUCACACCUCACUAAACCAACUCCUGCGAAUUCUACAGAUGCAUCAACUAAUGGUUUUCAAGUUGGUGGUACCUACCCAAUGUUUCAUAACAAUAGUUCAACUGGUUUUAAAUCGAUUCAGAAUCAAGAAUCAUUAUAUUUACAAAAUCAAAACACGACACCGCAGAUGUCUAGUUUGCCGCCAAUGCCGGCAGUUAAUAACAUCGCCAAUCAAAAUAAUUUAUAUGCCAGGAGUGUGUCAUCUCCUGGCCUUCCACAGCGGAUAUCACCCACCAAUGUUGGACCACCACCGACCACGGGGUUUUAUACAUCAGGAAGCCGAGGCUCGCCAAAGAAUAUAACUCCAGGAAACAGUGGACAUAAUUCGCCAGUACCUGGUCUAGAUACGCAAAGCGUAGAAAAUGAUAGCCAGUUAUUAAAGGAAACCUUAAAAAGACUUAACGAUUGUCGUGAAAAAUGCUUAUGUCAUUUAACUAAUAAAAUUAAUGAUGAUAUUAGUAAAAGAAUAGUAUCAUUUGAACAAUCUUGGACGACGGGGAAGUUGUCUUCAACAGUGAAAAUGAGGAUGUCCCAGCUGUCAGAAGCGCUCGAUAAAAGGGAAUUUACUCAAGCUGACAGUGUUCAUAAAUCUCUUAUAUUGGAAAAUUCAAAAGAGGUCAUGCCAUGGAUGGUGGGAAUAAAAAAGCUCAUAUCAUCGUACCAACAGGCUGUUAUAGAAAAUAACAAAUUCCAAUAACAUGCAGAUUUAACUUUGUGGCAAUUUAGUAAUAAUUUAUGUAUUCAAAAUCAUUUAUAAUUGGAUGGCAAUUUGAGAUGUGCUGGUUGGCGUCUGAAUUUGCUGGUCAAUAUGUAGAUAAAAUAGAGUAGAGAACAACAUUAAUAAAAAUACGUUCGUAAGGGGAGCGUACGUUCGAAUGUUAUUUUUCAACUUUUAAAAGAAGAUAUUUAUUUUUUUGCCGAAUGUGAAAUUUUAUUUCUUGGCCUUUAUAUAUUUCCUGUAAAAUCUAUAAAUGUUUGUUUAAAACUUUUUAGUUAGCGAUAACGUAAAAGAUUCGUUAUUUUAUGCCAUCGCGGUUAAGUCAAGAGUAUAUUUAACAUUGCUCGAAAUUGUGAAGUGUUGUACUGUAAUGUUUUGAUUUAACGCCUGGGGCUUACAUUAAUUUGUGGCGGUAAUUUGUGGAAGGUUAUUUAAAAGAGGGGGCGGUUAAACAAAGCGUUAUGGAUUCAAAUUCAUAUACUUUAGCUUUUAAGGUCAUGACUCAUCUGUCCGUAAUUUAUGCAAUAUUAGAAAUGUACGCUUCUACGCAUACAUUUAUUAUUUUUUAUUUACAAGUAAUAAAACCAAUUUUAAAAUACAUGGUCAUGGGUUUAUUCACUUGGUGGAUGAUUCAAUGUUUUUUAAAUUAAAAUAUUUGGGUUUUUUAUUAGGGAGGUACAUCAUGUGACAAGUUUAUUCUACAAAACAUGACAACAAUGUUCGAUUUUUUUUAUUUUUAAAACAAAUUGUUAUAUCGUGUCAAUUACUUGUAAGAAAUUAGAAUAGAAUUAUAUCUUUAC